AAUUAAUAAGGGUAUUCGUUUAAACGUGUAAAAGCCCCGUAAACCUCUUAAACCGUGUAUAUUUACGAAUGCGUAAAAAUCUGGCAGCAACUUAUAUGGAAAUUCAUUUAAACACAUUACGCACCAAUGUCAGUGUGUAAAGAACACUUGUAAAUUUACGAUAUUGCAAAAGCAACCCUACCAAACGACCAGCUGAUGAAUAUUAUUGUGAAAAUUAAAAUGGAAAAGGAUAAAAAGUUAAAGCAAAAGCGUCUACGGCUGAAACCGUCCCAUCGCUGGACAGAGUCGCAGUCCCUGCAGCUGUUGCAAGCAGUAUCCGACGCAAUUAAAGAUAGUCCAGAAUCUUUUGAGAAACCGACCUCCCAAAGGUUUUACGAAAAAUUGCAGCAAAAUACACCGGCACUUCAAUCUGUCGUUUGCGUAGCUAUGAAAAGCAAAAUGAGGUAUCUCAAAGCGUUGUACGUUGCCGCGGCAGCCUGGAAAAACAAAACUGGGUCUGGACUACUCGCUAAUGGUGACGAGUCAAGCGUAUCAGCGCAUGUCAACAAAAUUUGUCCCAACUUUGACUUACUGGAAGUUAUCUUCGGGCAACGCAAAAAUGUAAAUCCCGGAGUAAUUUUUGAAAGCACUGACAGCAUUGAAGUACUGGCUGAUUCCCCUUGUGCUGAUAGUUCGUUCCCGUUCAAUAAAUUGAUUUUUAUUCAGGAGAAAAGGUUGGAAUUAGAAGUUAAGAAAAUAGAAUUAGAAAAAGAAAAGAAUGAGGUCGAGUUGAAAAGAAUUGAACUGAAUAAUCAAUUAGAAAUGAAAAGAAUUGAAACUGAAUCAGAAAAAGAAACCAAACUGGAAAUUGAAAAACUGAAACUUGCUAGUGAAGAACGCAUUAAAAUGUUUGAAAUAGAGUUAAAGUUAAAAUCAAAAUAAAUGUGAAACUUUAAGAGAUUUCACAUGGUACUUUUUUCGCAAAUUUAAAAGAUCUCAUAGCAAAAUACAUGUAUAUUUGAAUGUAACUAAAUGUUAAUAGGCACAGAAGCACUUUUUAUUUUUCUGUAAAUAAAAGCAUAUAUUAAUGGAUUUUAAAGAUA